AUGUUGGUGCCGCUGGCAGCAAGACUGAUGCUGCUGUCUCGCGCUGCUACAGCAGCACCUGCUCUGGCCCCUGGGUACCUUCCUGCUGCUCCUCUGGCUGCUCGUGAUGCAGCAGCAGCAGCAGCAGCAGCAGCACGGGGCAUUCCGUUGUUGUGGGGUCCGCCUGGCAGCCACGCAGCAGCAGCAGCAGCUGCUGCUGCUGCAGCAGAAGCUAAUGGAUGGAGGUGGGAAGCAUCAGAAGUAUAUGAUGUUACUGGGGAUAUCUCUUAUAAGCUCGCCUGCUGCUUCAUGCUGCUGUAUGGACAGCCGCUGCUGCCGCGGCAGCCACCGCCCCUCGACAAGCUCACUAUACAAACAACAAAAGAGAAAAUGAAGAAUACUUUUAUUGAGGUUUCUCUACCCACCACCAUGCUUGGGGUGUAUAUACACCGCAGCGUUCAGAGGUGUACGGGCUGGAGUCUGCAUGAAAAUGAUUUCUUGCUGCACUCGUUGCUGGUGCCGUCCAGGGAGACGAGAGAGUUUGCGCGCUUCGCAGUGACGGCCUCUGAUUUGUUUUGCUUUAACAGCGCGAAGCCCCCUGAGGGCAGCAGGCCUUCAUCAGUGCUUCCUUUUCUUACAUCCUACAGCAGCAGCAGCAGCAGCAGCAGCAGCAGCAGCAGCAGCGGCAGCGGCAGGAGUAGGGGUGGGGGGGGAGGGGGCUGUAUCUGCUGCAGCAGCACAGGCGAUAGUCUAUGGGAAUGUGUGGGGGACCCUCUUGCUGCUCCAGCAUAUCUGCGGCGUUUUUUAAUAGACUCAAAUGGUGUUGGCUCUGUUUCUCCUUUUAUCAUCACUAACAACACCAACAGGCCCUGCUGUCUCCCCACGCUGCUGUCUGUAUGCAGCUACACACGCGCCCAGGAGUGCACGCAGCUGUCUCCUGCUGCGAAAACUCACUUUCCUUUCUUCUUGCAGUUCAUAGCUAAACAGCAACAGCAGCAGCAGCAGCAGCAGCAACAGCAGCAGCAGAAGCAGCAGCAGCAGGAGGAGCAGCUGGAGAUGCUCCCCGAUCGCAUUGCCCUCACACCUCUCUCGGUGCUGCAGCAGCACAACGAGCAGAUGCAGCAGCUGCUGCAGCAGCAGGCUGCGCUCAUGCUGCUGCUGCUGCCACCGGCAGCUCUGCAGCUGCUGCGGCGGCAGUCACUUGCUGCAGUGGGGGGUCAGCUGCCUCCCCUGCCUCUAUUAGAAGCAGCAUUUCAGGUGCGUCCUGCUGCUGCACCUUUUGCUGCUGUUAUGGGAGCAUCGGGGGCUAUUGCUGCUGCUGCAGUGGAGCUGCUGAUGUCUCGCCCCACACAUCUGCUGCCAGCAUCGCUGCGGCAGUACCCGCUGCACCUGCUGCUGCAGUUGCUGCAGUCACAGCGGGCAGCUGCUGCUGAAGUUGAGGCCCUUGAGCGUAUAGGUCUAGCAGCAAGAGCAGCAGCAGGGGGGCCCCCCAACAACCCGUUGCUGUGGGAGGCCCUUCGUGCGGUGCUGCUGGAGCUGACGCUGCUGCUGUCGGAUCGUUUCGCCUCGACGGGAGGCUGGCAGCAGCAGCAGCAACAGCAGCAGCAGCAGGGGGAGCUGCAGCAACAGCAUUUAGAAUGGGUUGUUGCAGAAGGAGACAAACUGAACCGCAGCAAGCAAAGAGGCGAAUCAGCAGCAGCAGCAGCAGCAGCAGGAACAGCAGCAGCAGCAGCAGGAACAGCAGCAGCAGCAGCAGCAGCAGAGGGAAAGGCGAACGAGCUGCUGCUUGAUACUGUCAAAGCCUUCAGCCCGAAACACCUCAGCGGCUCAGAGGCGGAGUGGUCUUACCUAGCAGCAAAGACGGACGCGCUGCUGCUGCUGCUGCUGCAGUUCUCUCAUUUCAAGUCUCCUCCAGCAGAUGCAGCAGCAGCAGCAGCAGCAGCAGCAGAUACAAAUGCAGGUGAAGGUGCUGAUGGCGAAGCCCCAAUGGCUGAGGAUGGAGCUGACAGCAGCAGCAGCAGCAGCAGCAGCAGCAGUGGAGCGUGUGCUGCAGCGGAUGCUGCGCUGCAGCAUGCGCAGUGGUGGCGGCGAGUAGGAGACUGCCGGCGUUUGUCUUCUUUAUUUUGUCUGUCUUCUCUCUCUGGGAAAGGGGAGGAGUUGAGUGAGAGGCAGCAGCAAAUAAAGCAGCAGCGUGGGGUGUCUGUACACCUCUCCGCGCCCCCCUUCAGCAGAGCGAAGGAGUGGGCGGAGCCUCCUGCCUUCUUCUUCUCGCUGCUGCUGAUUCGCGCUAAGUGCUUACGACGCAUUGCUGCAGCUGCUGCUGCAGCACCUGCUGCUGCAGCUGCUGCAGCUGCUGCUGCAGCAGGUGAUGCCCGCAACAGCGAUGCAGCAGCUGCUGCAGCUGCGGCUGUUGCUGCUGUCACAGAGGCAGCGGAAGCCUCCUAUCCCCAACCUACGCCAGACAUUGCUGCCUUUACUGCAGCAGCAGCAGCAGCAGCAGCAGCAACUGGCGGCGGUGCUGCUGCAGCAGACAGCAGCAGCAGCAGCAGCAGCAACGCACCCAAUGGCAACACCAAAGGGGAGGCAUCCCAGCGUACUCCAAAAGUUACCUAG